AAACAAGAUUAGUAUAAAAUGGAACCUAACAAAGCUUGGUGAUCACCAUAGAUCACCUUCACCAACUGUCCCUGAGAGUAAACUGGCGCUCUAACAAUACGUGCCUGGUGACUAACCUAAUCAAACAAUUCAAAAUGGCGAUGGAAACAGUGCCAAGAGAACUUCGAGGUUUAAGAGCAUGUUUGAUGUGUUCUCUUAUCAAGGUGAAAUAUUCUACUCUUACUGUUCAUUUCUCUAUUCUUUCUUGUGUAUUUGGGGCACUUUAUACAUUGCUGCACCCGAGCAAUGCAAGUAUUUGACGGUGUUUUGUGAUGACAUAUUGACAUGUUAAAUUGUAAUAUAAAUUGUUUCGCUUUCAAAUUUCCUCCCUUAGACUUCAGAGCAAUUUGAAUUUGAUGGUUGCGACAACUGUGAAAAAUUUCUACGUUUAAAAGGCAAUAAAGAGAAUAUCAGUAGCUGUACUAGUUCAAAUUAUGAUGGGUAUGAAAGUACUGUUUUUAUAUUACAGUUGUUAUUGUCGAUAUUGUGCAAAUGUAGUUGAUAAUUCUUUCCAUGUAUUUUUGCAGUAUAAUUUCGUUGAUAAGUGGUGAUGAUAGCUGGGUGGCCAGAUGGCAGAAAUUGGGUAAUACAUUAUAUAUAACAUAAGCAGCCAUGAAAUAUAUAAACACUGUAAGCCAAAAACAAGUGGUUGUAUAUUUUAUACAAAAGUUUGUUUCUGAUGUGUGUUGUUGGUUUUUCUAGAUAAUAUGGUACCGGGGUGCUAUGCUGUAUCAGUGACGGGAAAACUACCAAUGCAUAUAAUAAGAGAACUCAAGGCGAGAGGAAUUGAUCAUAUUUUGCGAGACAGAUCUCAGCAACUGUAGUGUCGAGCAGUUGAUGUGUUUGUCAAUACUGUCAUAUGUCCUCCAAAGAUUGUUUUGUUCAUACAUUCUUUAUCAUAGUAACAGACAAAUUGUGUCGAUGAUAGUCUACUGAAUGUAUUAAAUAAAGUGAGUUGUAAAUAACUAAUACCAGCAUUACCAGGGCUCAAAAUAAUGGUCGGUCAGCAGUCAAUGAUGGGACAAAUUUUGAUGAUAGGUUAAAUUUGUAGGAGAGUCAUAUUUUAGCUCUGGAAGCGAAAUUUAUUUCUGACAUAUUCUGUCUAUUUGUAAGGAUUUCUUGUAAGGAUUUUCUUAAUUUUUUUUAUAUUUGAAUCGUGUCACUGUAUCACUGCCAGUCAAAAUUAUUUCUCUGGGAAGCUUGUUUGAACAUUAAGUGCCAACGCACCACAAGUCAAAUAGCGUACAAUAUAAUUUACAUGGUUUUUGAGUGUUUGGGAGGGCUCUUGGGAGUUGUCCACUCAGAAAUUGCGUUUGACACUUUGACCAUCACAAAUGGGACUGAGCGGUCAACGUAACUGGCAUGUCAUUAAACAUUGUUUUGUGCCCUGACUAAUAUUCGGCAGAAAAUAUUCUCUGGUGGUGGUGGUGGUGGAUUUAUCUGUAGACUGGUAUAGUUUGGUGUAAUGUAACUAGUAAUGAGUGCUACUCUCUGGAGAGAAAAAUUAAAAAACGCAUACCACUGAUCGUG